ACGCCGGGCGGCCCGCAGGGAUGGGCGCCUCGCGGGCCCGGCGUCGUCGUGGCUCGUGGUUCCUGGCAAGGCUGGCGUCGACACUCUUGCCAAGUGCGCCGGCGCUAAGACGUGGCCCACGAACGCGGCGCUUCUCGGCGAGCGGGAGCGGGACUGACUUGCCGGGUUUGCCCAGGCGGCCUCCGGCCCGAAAGACCACCCCAUCCCGGGGCGUUUCCCUCCCUCGCCCGCGUGCGGCGCCCUCGAGGGGCAGCGCCGUGCUCCUUGGAAGGGGAGCCCCGACGGGGAGCCGCGCCGGAGAGCGCGCUGCUGCGAUCGCCUGGCGUGGCUUUCCCAAGGCAGAGCCCUCCCGCCGCGGGGCGGCGCUGCCCGGCUCCUCUGGGGGUGGGCUGGGCUGCCAUGGGGUCCGCUGGCCCCGGGCCUGUGGGUGGCAGGUGCCCCUUGGCCCCCCUUGGCGGACUGCCCAGCACCGUGCUGGAGACGCACACAGCACACGCCUUGCAGACUUGGGGGGGGGGCUCUAGUUUUCGCUGCCGGGAGGGCGAAGAGAGAGGAGGAACUUUCUUCCCGAAGGUCUUUUCAAGGAAGUUUUCCGCGGGUCGCCCCUUGCCCUCCCUUUGAUCUGGUUGCCACCUGCCGAAGUGGCCUGUUGCAGAGCGCAGCGUUCCGUCAAGUACCCGGCUAGAUUAAUCUGUUUGGCAAAAUCAGCUGGAAGGAAACCCUUUAAAUGCUUUAAAACACUAAUUUCUGAGGCAGUACAACUGGCAGGCCCUGCCAUUAGGAUACAGGGUUUUUCUCGGUUUCUUCUUUUCUUGUUGGGGGGAGCAGUCAUUAGAGCCUUUCUGCCCUUUAGGCCAUGUUUGAUCCUCCUGUUUCUUUCCUUUUCCUCUCCCUCUUUCUUGCACUCCCAGGAAUAUGGUGCUCUAGUGAACUGUUUUUUGUGAAAGAACCCCAGGAUGCUACUGUGGCUAGGAAGGAGGCCGUGGUUUUCGACUGUCAGGCACGUGGCGAAGGCCCCAUCACCCUCACGUGGCUCAAAAAUGGGGUGAAGGUUUCUGACACCGAACGGAUCUACCCAUUGUCGAAUGGCUCUUUGUACAUCAGUGAGGUGGAGAGCAAACGGGGUGAGACGCUGGACGAGGGCUACUACCAGUGCUUGGCCCUCAACAAAUACGGCGCCAUCCUCAGCCAUAAGGCCCACCUUACCUUGGCCACCAUGUCUGCAUUUGAAGUUCAGCCGCUUCCAGUUGAGGUCCAUGAAGGGAGUGUGGCUCGCUUUGCAUGUAAAAUAUCUGCCAGCCCUGCUGCCAUCAUCACCUGGGAAGUAAAUCGGACAACUUUGCCAAUAGCCAUGGACAGGAUAACUGCAUUACCGACGGGAGUGUUACAGAUCUAUGGUGUUCAGGUGAAGGAUGCUGGGAAUUAUCGCUGUGUCGCUACAACGGUAGCCAACAGGCGCAAAAGUGCUGAGGCGAUGCUUACAGUUGUCCCAGCCUCCAACAUUAAGGUUUUCCACAAGCCAUCCAUUAUAGCUGGUCCUCAGAACAUCACAACUUCUCUUCACCAAACUGUCAUCUUUGAAUGCAUUGCCACAGGGAAUCCAAAGCCUAUUGUUUCAUGGAGCCGUUUAGACCAUAAGUCCAUAGAUGUUUUCAACACUCGUGUGCUUGGAAAUGGAAAUCUUAUGAUCUCGGAUGUGAAAGUGGAACACUCUGGAGUUUACAUCUGUCGUGCUACAAUUCCUGGCACACGCAACUUCACCACUGCGAUGGCAGCACUUGUUGUGCUUGCUCCCCCUUCAUUUGUGGAGUGGCCGGAAAGCUUGACGAGGCCCCGAGCCGGCACAGCCCGUUUCGCCUGCCAGGCGGAAGGUGUCCCACCUCCCAAGAUGUCCUGGCUGAAGAACGGGAGGAAGAUCCAUUCCAACGGUAGAAUCAAAAUGUACAACAGCAAACUGGUGAUCAACCAGAUCAUCCCUGAAGAUGAUGCUAUCUACCAGUGCAUGGCUGAAAACAGCCAGGGCUCCAUCCUCUCCAAGGCACGAUUGACGGUAGUUCUGUCUGAAGACAGGCCCAGUGCGCCCUGCAACGUCCACGCGGAAACUGUGUCAAGUUCAGCCAUCCUUCUGGCCUGGGAGAGGCCGCUUUAUAAUUCAGACAAAGUGAUUGCUUACUCUGUGCACUACAUGAAAGCAGAAGGUUUAAAUAACGAAGAAUAUCAGGUUGUUAUUGGAAAUGAUACAACACAUUAUAUUAUUGAUGACCUGGAGCCUGCUAGCAACUAUACCUUCUACAUAGUGGCCUACAUGCCCAUGGGGGCUAGCCAGAUGUCCGACCAUGUGACCCAGCACACUCUGGAAGACGUCCCUCUGAGGGCUCCUGAAAUCAGCUUGACCAGCCGAAGCCCCACAGAUAUUCUCAUCUCCUGGCUGCCGAUCCCAGCGAAGUACAGGCGAGGGCGGGUGGUCUCCUUCCGCUUGUCGUUCCGCCUCAGCACCGAGAGCACCGUUCAGGUUCUGGAGCUUCCAGGCACGACAUACGAGUAUCUCUUGGGGAGCCUGAAGGCCGACAGUGUCUAUUUGGUUCGUAUUUCUGCUGCAACUCGGAUUGGCUGGGGAGAGGCCUCCCUGUGGACGUCGCAUCACACGCCGAAAGCCACGAGUGUCAAAGUGCCAAAGUCUCCGGAGCUGCGCCUGGAGCCUCUCAACUGCACCACGAUCGCGGUCAGGUGGCAGCAAGACUUGGCGGGUGCAGCAGCCAUCCAAGGCUACAAACUGUACUACAAGGAAGAAGGGCAACAAGAAAACGGGCCGAUCCUGCUGGAGGCCAGCGAUGUGACAUACACCGUCAGUGGUUUGGAUCCCAGAAGGAAGUACCAUGUAAGACUCCUGGCCUAUAACAGUGUAGAAGAUGGCUACCAGGCAGAUCAGACGGUCAGCACUCCUGGAUGUGUCUCUGUCCGUGACCGGCUGGUCCUGCCGCCGCCGCCCCCUCACCACCUUUAUGCCAAAGCCAAUUCCUCUUCUUCCGUCUACCUGCACUGGGGACGACCUGCAUUCACUUCGGCACAAUCUAUUAACUACACCCUCCGCUGCAACCCUGUGGGGCUGCAGAAUGCUUCUCUGGUCCUCUACCUGCAGACCUCAGAAACUCAUAUGUUGGUUCAGGGACUAGAGCCAAGUACGAAGUAUGAGUUUGCAGUUCGGCUGCACGUGGAUCAGCUCUCAAGUCCUUGGAGUCCUGUUGUUUACCAUGCUACACUUCCAGAAGCCCCAGCUGGUCCUCCGUUGGGACUGAAGGUCACUCUGAUAGAGGAAGACACAGCCUUGGUGUCGUGGAAGCCACCCAGUGGACCUAGCACUGCUGUUUCACACUACACAAUCCUGUAUGCAUCGAGGAAAGCUUGGAUUGCUGGUGAAUGGCAAGUCCUGCACAGGGAAGGAACUAUCACAAUGGCUUUGUUGGAAAAUCUCAUGGCAGGAAACAUCUACCUCGUUAAAAUAGCUGCUUCCAAUGAAGUGGGGGAAGGGCCUUUCUCCAAUGCGGUGGAACUUGCUGUCCUCCCAAAGGAAGCAUCAGAAUCAAACCAAAGACCCAAACGCUUGGAUUCUGCAGGUGCUGACACAGCUUCUUCUGGCUAUUACCAGCUGGACCAGAAGUCAAUGACAGGCAUCAUUGCAGGCGUGUGCAUUGCCCUGACGUGCAUCUUGAUCUGCAUCCUCAUCCUGAUCUAUCGCAGCAAAGCCAGGAAAACAUCGGCCCCCAAAAGCAUCCCUCAUGGUUCCGACCAGCUCUCUCGCCCCAGCAUCUCUUCGGGGAGGGCCAGCGAGGUGGGCAAGAGCAUCGAAGGCCUUGCUGACCAUGAGGACUCUUUACUGCCCAUAAUGGCAGGCACCAGCUUCCUGGAUGCAAAGGGUGGUACCAAUCUGAUUAUAAACAGCUUUGGCCCGAUUGCAAAGAACAGCUCUAAGAAGAAAUGGCUGUUCUUUCAAGAUUCUAAGAAGGUGAAGUCGGAAGAGACCCAGAGACGAUUUACAAAAGCAGCGUGUUUGUAUCAGUCUGGCACUGCGGUUCUCCUUGGUAAAGAUAGCUCUCUGGCGCAAGAGCCAAACUACCAGGCGGCGUACAGCAUUGUUACCGACGCUGAGCAUUCAGCAAACAGUGAAGCAAGCCACGAAACGGGCGAUUCUGGAAGGUUCUCUCAGGAGUCCAAUGAAGAACUGCAUCUCUCUGCGAGCAUCAGCGCCACCCUGGGGACCCCCAAAGCCUUCCUAGACAGGGACCUGUGUGUGAGUGCUGUGGGUCCCCUCCCGAGUUCCUCGAAGGAGCGCCCUGACCAAAGUCCUCCACUGCCGCUUCAGCUCCCGCCUGCGGGACAAAGCUGAGCGGUGCUGCCCGCCGGGCAACAGACGGGCGGGCGGGAGGAGGUGUGGGUCUGUUGAAAGGACAAUGAACAAAGAGCCAAAGCUUUAAGUGGGAGCCCUGGGAGGCCAGUGGGUGAUCCCACAAUUCUGUUGCCCAGUUUUGUCUUUUGAAAUGUGUUAAAACUCUUUUUGAAUGUUCAGUACUCAACAGUGUGAAAGGGAGAUUUCUGAGCAGAGCAAAGAAAGAUGUUUUUUUAUAUAUCUAUAUAGCUGUCACUGGAGCAAAGGGCGUCCCUUUGCUUGGAUAUCUACCUCAGUUUGCCAGGUGGCAUUACCUCAUUUCUUGUGUGUGCUGAGAUUGGUCUCGGCUACGUAACUGACGAUAACUUCCUAGUAGUCUCAUCUCUUUUUCCUCUGUUGUAAGUGUAGCGUGUGAAUGUGUGCGUGUGAGCCAAAGGAGUUGUGUCGGGAGACGAGCAGGUCUGCUAAGCUGAAGCUCUGGCUCUGAGGAAGGGAGCCGGGAGCCUUCCAAUGGGGCAGGAGCAGCGGACCAGGGCCAGGCUGGUAAUCUGGCACCAGGAGUUCUGGCUGGCAUGUUCUGCCAAACCCCAUGGGCAAAGGCAGGGAAGUUGCCUGGCCAGCAAGCCCAGUAAGGCGCUCCCCAAGGGCUGCAGCCUUUUGCAAAGCUUUUCACAAAGGUGGCCUUUCCAGUGUUUUGCCUUCAGGUCUUCAGCCCUGGAGGCACCAGGGAACGUCCACCUGUGAGCUCUCCAGUAUUGACCGGUUUUCCUUUUGAGACUCAUGGGUCACUUCUCCCUCCUCGUUGCCCCAGUCUACCUCAGAUAGUGCCUUCUUCUACUUCCUCUCCUGAUCAUGUCAGCUCAGCAUUAGUUUUCAUCAGAUGCGGUGCUGAAUCGCUUGGUCCCAGCAGUUAUUCCCAUCACUGGUGCCCCUUCACUUGGCCCAACCGGACAGGUAAAGCUGAAAAUGGACUUGUACUUAAGAGCAACGGUGCCUUCCACUAGAUAGAUAUGUCUUAUGAAAUCACUGUUUUGCCUUACACUUUUUUCGUGUUCAUGAAGUUGCUUCGGAGUACACAAAGAUGCCUUAAAUGUGCUCUGCAGGUUGUGGGGUACAAAGGGUCUCGAGUGCUCAGGAACUCUGGGUCUUUGCAUGUGUGUAUUUCUGGUCAGUUCUGAGCAUCUUCUCUGCUCAGUGUGCAGAAUUGUGGGCGGCUCUUGCUUCAGGUUCAGAUGCUGUUCAUUCAAAGCGGUUAGCCGUUCCGCGUGCCACCAUGAGCUCUGCCAAGGCCUCUGCUAGAGCAAAGGGGCCAGGGACUGGGCUGAGCAGCCUGUCACCUUCUGCCCACACAACUCCUGUUUUAUACUACCUCCUUUUAAAGUUAAUUCUAGUAUUAUUGUUUUCCUGUACUCAGGGCGCAGUUUGUUACUUUUUAAGCUGCCUUGCAGCAAUGUGAGGCAAACUGACAGGGUAUUGUGUAUUGUUUUGUUUUUAAGUUUGGGAGAGAGCAUGAGAGAGAGAGAGCUUGAGUGAGCUGUAUUCACCAAAGUUGUACGCCAGUCAAUACAAAUCGCCCCCUCCUCUCCCCCAAUCAGAAUUCAUUUCUUUUUCUAACCAGCCCCAAACUGGCAAAGAAACUUCCCAGGGUGACCUCGGUUCUGUUGCAGGCAGCAACAAAUGUCCACUUGUGCCAUAUUAAGAGGGGAGUCAGUACAAAUUGCUGGGGAAGUGGAGGGAGGGUGAUGAGUCUUCCCCGCCUCUUUGGUGAAUUGGCUAGUAGUCUGUAGAUCUCUAGACAGCAGGUGUGUGUCUGCUACCACUGUACCAGACAAGAUAUGUUCACCUUUCACAAUUUUCUUUACACAAAGGCUUUAAAGAUGAUAAUAAUCUUGUACCAAAGAAUUUUCUGUAGAAAAGAGAAGAAAGCUGCAUAUUUUCCAAAAAUAAUGAUAAUUGAGCUAGUUAAAACUAUAGGUUUGCAUACGUAUUAUUUCCUAAGUAGUUACUAACCAAAAGAAGAGAACCAAACCGAAGGGUCUUCUAUGGACUGUAGUGUAGUUAAUUUUCCAGAUUAGUUCUACAAUGUUAACUAAUGUUAUGUUACAAAAACCUUUAAAGAAAGUUGAAAUAAGAUCUUUUCAGCAUAUAAAAUCUCCAAAGACUUCCAAAGUGUAAUUUCGUUUUCCUUUUCUUCAGCAAUUAGCUCUUCAAUAGUCCAGUAUUAGAAAUAAUAUUUUUCAAUGCUUUUAUAUCUACUUGCUGAAGAAAAAGAAACUUGACUCGCCAAAGAUUUCUUGUUGGUCUCAUUGGACAAAGCUGCGUCAUGAACAGCAGAGCGUGCCCUGCUGAAGCCGGCAGAGAAAGAGUGUGCAAGCCUCGCCAAGGCCUCGCCAAGCCUGUCGGCAAUAAGCUCCAGGGGCUGCUGAUAUGUUAAGGUAACCAUUCCCUUCUCCAAAGACUUGUUUGCUGUGAAGUACUGACACUUUUGGAUCCCUUCCUGACACUGUCGGGUGACACCAAUAGAUUCUGCUCCUCAGCAGUCUAAUGCUAAAGACCCAUCAAGCUACAUGGGCUAUUCUGUGAAUAAUCAAGAGUAGUGGCUGUGACUGUGGGAACUUCAGUAGACGGUGGCUGCCACUGUCAGGCCCACAGGCUGGGAGACGCUAUGUGAUCUCUCUUGCUGGAGCAGAUUAGAUUGGCAUGAGAGGAUGAUAGCUUUCAAGGUACAUUGGACUCUGUCAGGUGUCAUAAAGAGCUCUGUGAAACCUAAAACUGGCCUCUGUUGGUGUAGGCAAAUGUUGGCUCAUCUGAUAAAAGAGAUUACUUUUGCCUCCCUUGUGUCUUCUGUUGGAAUUCUUGUAAGCCAGACAGUGGGGUUUGCCUCAGUUGCCAAUGAGAUCCAAUUAACUAAAGAGACUGCCUUCAUCCACAGUGUGAUUUAACAGUAAAGAAAUAGCUUUUAUUCAAAUACUACUUAGCAGCAAACGAAGAAAACCAAAGAUAUUUAAGGUUACCUCAGCAUAGAGGCAUGUGUUAAGUAAGUCUCUUUGCUUCUUUUCUUUUCUUUUCUUUUGAGUUUGCAUUAUAUUAUAAUAUGUCCCUCCAGCCUGCAUCCAGAGAAGGGUUUGCUCAAGGAGCAUCGAGCAUCUUUGUCCAGGCAUGAUGACCGUGGAAACAGCCUUCUGCUUCUCCUAAGCCUUAGAAGAGAGUAGCCAGCAGCCCUUUCUCAGAGCUUUUAUUAUCACAGACGUUCUCUGUUUCUGGAAUGCGAAUGUCCUCGGUCAUUCAAGGGAGAACUUCCUUUUAUUCCAGUGGGAUCGGAAUUGGGAAAACGUGCACUCAGGAGUAGAUCCGUUGCUUUCGGGGUGGGACGCCAAAGAGUGUGGCAAUGAUCCCAACGUGAAGAUUUCUGAGGUGCAGGCUUUGUGCUGCAUCUUGUACCUCUGGUAUUUGUGAGCAAAAUGUGCAGGCAGAAUUUUGUCUAGUUUGGUGAUGACUGUCCACAGAUUCCAGGUUCUGGAGGUGGGAAGAUUCUCUCCCAUAUGUGGUGCCCAGUUUUUCCAGAUAUGUAUUAGAGGAUGAGCAUAGUCCAGAUUAUAUAUUUUCAGUAUGAUGUCAACCAAAAAGCCAUGGUUGGUGUGAGGUAUGUGUGUGCAAUCUGUAAAUCUUUAAGGACUUUAGUGCGAUCUGAAACCCUGCCAACUCAUGUCUAUGAUGCUGAUCUGUCUGGGUCUCAAGUGCAUUUGGUAAGCUAUGAGAAUCCACAGUUAGGCCAACUGCAAAAAAUUUCUCUAAACACAUCUACUCCAACCUCUGCACAAACACACUAUUUCUAAUAAAGCUGGGAAAUGUAAAGCACUUCCCCAUGAUACAACUCAUCUGUACAAAUAAGAACAUAAGAAGAGCCUGCUGGAUCAGGCCAGUGGCCCAGCUAGUCCAGCAUCCUGUUCUCACAGUGGCCAACCAGGUGCCUUGGGGAAGCCCGCAAGCAGGACCCGAGUGCAAGAACACUCUCCCCUCCUGAGGCUUCCGGCAACUGGUUUUCAGAAGCAUGCUGCCUCUGACUAGGGUGGCAGAGCACAGCCAUCAUGGCUAGUAGCCAUGGAUAGCCCUGUCCUCCAUGAAUUUGUCUAAUCUUCUUUUGAAGCCAUCCAAGCUGGUGGCCAUUACUGCGUCUUGUGGAAGCAAAUUCCAUAGUUUAUGCGCUGAGUAAAGAAGUACUUCCUUUUGUCUGUCCUGAAUCUUCCAACAUUUAGCUUCUUUGAAUGUCCACGAGUUCUAGUAUUGUGAGAGAGGGAGAAAAACUUUUCUCUAUCCACUUUCUCAAUGCCAUGCAUAAUUUUAUACACUUCCAUCAUGUCUCCUCUGACCCGCCUUUUCUCUAAACUAAAAAGCCCCAAAUGCUGCAACCUUUCCUCAUAAGGGAGUCGCUCCAUCCCCUUGAUCAUUCUGGUUGCCCUCUUCUGAACCUUUUCCAACUCUAGAAUAUCCUUUUUGAGAUGAGUCGACCAGAACUGUACACAGUAUUCCAAAUGCGGCCGCACCAUUAAUUUAUACAACGGCAUUAUGAUAUCAGCUGUUUUAUUUUCAAUAACUUUCCUAAUUAUCGCUAGCAUGGAAUUUGCCUUUUUCACAGCUGCCGCACACUGGGUUGACAUUUUCAUCGUGCUGUCCACUACAAUCCCGAGCUCUCUCUCCUGGUCAGUCACCGCCAGUUCAGACCCCAUGAGCGUAUAUGUGAAAUUCAGAUUUUUUGCUCCAAUAUGCAUAAUUUUACACUUGUUUAUAUUGAAUUGCAUUUGCCAUUUUUCCGCCCAUUCACUCAGUUUGGAGAGGUCUUUUUGGAGCUCUUCGCAAUCCCUUUUUGUUUUAACAACCCUGAACAAUUUAGUAUCGUCAGCAAACUUGGCCACUUCACUACUCACUCCUUAUUCUAGGUCAUUAAUGAACAAGUUGAAAAGUACAGGUCCCAAUACCGAUCCUUGAGGGACUCCACUUUCUACAGCCCUCCAUUGGGAGAACUGUCCAUUUAUUCCUACUCUCUGCUUUCUGCUUCUUAACCAAUUCCUCAUCCACAAGAGGACCUCUCCUCUUACUCCAUGACUGCUAAGCUUCCUCAGAAGUCUUUGGUGAGGUACCUUGUCAAAAGCUUUUUGAAAGUCUAAGUGCACUAUGUCCACUGGAUCACCUCUAUCUAUAUGCUUGUUGACACUCUCAAAGAAUUCUAAUAGGUUACGAGACAGGACUUUCCCUUGCAGAAGCCAUGCUGGCUCUGCUUCAGCAAGGCUUGUUCUUCUGUGUGCUUAGUUAAUCUAGCUUUAAUAAUACUUUCUACCAGUUUUCCAGGGACAGAAGUUAAGCUAACUGGCCUGUAAUUUCCGGGAUCCCCUCUGGAUCCCUUUUUGAAUAUUGGCAUUACAUUUGCCACUUUCUAGUCCUCAGGCACGGAGGAGGACCCGAGGGACAAGUUACAUAUUUUAGUUAGCAGAUCAGCAAUUUCACAUUUGAGUUCUUUGAGAACUCUCGGGUGGAUGCCAUGCGGACCUGGUGAUUUGUCAGUUUUUAUAUUGUCCAUUAAGCCUAGAACUUCCUCUCUCCUUACCACUAUUUGUCUCAGGUCCUCAGAAUCCCUUCCUGCAAAUGUUAGUUCAGGUUCAGGGAUCUGCCCUAUAUCUUCCACUGUGAAAUCCGUUCUUUUUAUUUAUUCUGCCACCUGCUGGAUAUGAACAAGCCUUUCCCCCAUGCACACAGCUCCUUUGCACAAGCUGCAGUUAAACCAGGAAGCAUCUAAUUGACCAUUAUUUCUGGUUUUCUCUGAACCAGGAAAUUAUGGUUACCAGCUUCAGAACCUGCCAGGAUGUUAAGCCCACCUCCAACCGUCAGUGAUAUCCUGGCUUGUUCUAAACCUGGUCACCAUAGUUUCCCAGUUUGGAUGAAACAGAAAACCAUGCUUAAUUAAAUACUUCCUGGUUUGUUAGCUUGAAGCAAAGGGGUUGAAUUUAUGGGCAAAAGGCUCAUUCAUAGCUUAUUAUACCAAUAUAUAGUCAUCCAAAUGCAGUCACACUUUCACUAUAAAGCUUAUUACUUUUUAUCAGUGGUGCAUUAUUUUUUCAGAAUGUACAUCUGGUUUUUAAUAAUGGGAGCAAUAAACUGCAGGCCAAAUUCUGUGUUUGCAGCAGAGCAAGUGUGAAUAUCAGUGAGGAUAGGAUUUUUUUCAGGAACGUUCCUCUUUUAAAUGAAUAACAGUCUUCCUGUCCAGUUGCAAAGGAUUUGAACCUCACACUUGAGAAAAAUGCCACUAAACUCAAACCAGAUGCAUAAAUUUGAUCCUGAUCUGUACCUCAUUUGGACCCACGGCAGGAACUGGUCAUUUUUCAUUUUAUCUUUUUAUUGUUGCACACACACAUCUCUUAAUCUCUUUUGGUAAAUGGCUUGUUCAUGAAACCUAGGCUUUUAAAAAACAAAAAUGUUUUUGUUUGUUUCUGUUGUAUUCUUAAAGAUGUGAAUGAACUGCAAGUGUGGGAGUCCAGCUGUAUUUCUUUUGCUGAGGGUGUUCUGGAUCCUGGCACUCCUUCUGCUGUUUCCUGGCAAGGGCGGCAACAGCUGACUGGCAAAUGGAGGACAAAGCUGAAUUAUAUUAAUUUUAUAUUUGACUCAGGGGAUCAGCUCUGUGAAUUCCAUUGCAUGAGGGCAGCUGGUGUUUGCCUUGAUAAUGAAUGUACCUUUUUCAAUGUAUUUUUUGAUGUUUUGUUUAAUAACGGGGCUUUUUUGUUUUACAAACUUUUUUUAAAUAGCAUUAUACUGAAUGUUAAACCUUGGUGUGUUUCUCCUCUUCCCCAAGCUUGUUCUUGUACUAGCACAAGUGUCAUGCCAAAAAUGAGUAGAAAUUUAAAUGCCAAAAUGUUUAUAAAACUGCUGUCUAAUA